GGGAAGCGGCGGCUGGUGGGGGGGGUGGGGGAAGGCGAUCCUGUUGCUUUUUCUCACGCCCGGAUCGUGGCGGACUAAAGCCUUGGGAUCGCGCCAUGGCGGUCCCGAUGGAGGCGCAGUUGCAGAGUAUCUUCGAGGAAGUGGUGAAAACAGAAGUCAUAGAGGAAGCUUUUCCUGGCAUGUUUAUGGAUACCCCAGAAGAUGAGCGGACUAAAUUAAUCAGCUGUUUGAGUGCCUUUCGACAGUUCUGGAGCAAUCUUUCCCAGGAAUCUCAUGAACAGUGCGUUCAGUGGAUUGUACGGUUCAUACAUAGUCAACAUAGUCCUAAAAGAAUUUCUUUUCUAUAUGAUUGCUUAGCAAUGGCUGUGGAGACUGGGUUACUGCCACCCAGAAUGGUUUGUGAAUCUCUGCUGAAUUCUGACAAUCUAGAAUGGGAAAGGACACAGCUUUGGUCUCUGACAUUUAAACUGGUUCAAAAAAUAAUUGGUGGUGUAGACUACAAGGGUGUACGAGACCUUUUGAAGGGUAUCCUGGAGAAAAUCCUAACUAUUCCUAACACAGUGAGCUCUGCUGUUGUACAGCAACUAUUAGCAGCAAGAGAGGUUGUUGCAUAUAUUUUGGAAAGGAAUGCAUGCUUAUUACCUGCUUACUUUGCUGUCACCGAAAUCCGAAAGUUGUAUCCUGAAGGAAAACUUCCUCACUGGUUGUUAGGUAACCUUGUAUCGGAUUUUGUGGAUUCCUUCAGGCCUACAGCAAGGAUAAAUUCCAUCUGCGGACGAUGUAGUCUUCUUCCUGUAGUGAACAACUCUGGUGCUAUUUGCAAUUCAUGGAAGCUGGACCCGACAACUCUUCGUUUUCCAUUGAAAGGCCUUUUGCCAUAUGAUAAGGAUCUGUUUGAGCCUCAGACUGCCUUGUUGCGGUAUGUGCUGGAGCAGCCCUAUUCCCGAGAUAUGGUCUGCAAUAUGCUAGGCCUAAACAAGCAGACCUUGAACAUUGCUCAGCACAAACAGCGAUGCCCUGUGCUGGAGGACCAGUUGGUCGAUUUGGUGGUAUAUGCCAUGGAGCGCUCAGAGACGGAGGAGAAAUUUGAUGAUGGCGGAACCAGCCAGUUGCUAUGGCAGCAUCUCUCCAGUCAGCUUAUCUUCUUCGUACUUUUUCAGUUCGCAAGCUUUCCUCACAUGGUCCUGUCUCUGCAUCAGAAGUUGGCAGGACGAGGCCUGAUCAAAGGCCGAGACCAUUUGAUGUGGGUAUUAUUACAGUUCAUCUCGGGAAGCAUUCAGAAAAAUGCGUUAGGCGACUUUCUUCCUGUAAUGAAGCUUUUUGACCUCCUCUAUCCUGAGAAGGAAUGCAUUCCUGUGCCUGAUAUCAACAAACCGCAGUCAACCCAUGCUUUUGCAAUGACCUGUAUCUGGAUACAUCUGAACAGAAAGGCUCAUAGUGACAAUUCUAAACUACAGAUUCCAAUUCCUCAUUCUCUCAAGCUCCAUCACGAGUUCUUGCAACAGAGUCUGAGGAAUAAAAGUCUUCACAUGAAUGACUACAAGAUUGCUUUGCUAUGCAAUGCUUAUUCCACAAAUUCAGAAUGCUUUACAUUACCCAUGGGUGUUCUGGUGGAAACUAUUUAUGGGAAUGGCAACAUGAGAAUACCUCUCCCAGGAACCAACUGCAUGGCCUCGGGAUCAAUCACACCACUGCCAAUGAACCUCUUGGACUCCCUCACAGUUCAUGCCAAAAUGAGCCUUAUUCAUAGCAUAGCCACCAGGGUAAUAAAACUGGCCCAUGCAAAGUCUAGCUUGGCCUUAGCUCCAGCUCUUGUGGAAACAUACAGUCGUCUGCUGGUUUACAUGGAAAUAGAAUCUUUGGGCAUCAAAGGUUUUAUCAGUCAACUGCUGCCUACAGUUUUUAAGUCUCAUGCUUGGGGAAUCUUGCAUACCCUGUUGGAGAUGUUCAGCUAUCGCAUGCACCAUAUCCAGCCUCAUUACAGAGUCCAGCUACUUAGUAAUCUUCAUUCUCUAGCUGCUUUUCCACAGACCAAUCAAAACCAGCUUCAUUUGUGUGUGGAAAGCACAGCCCUGCGGCUGAUUACUGCCUUAGGCAGCUCUGAAGUCCAGCCACAGUUUACUCGAUUCCUUAAUGAGCCCAAAACUGUGCUUUCAGCUGAAUCGGAGGAACUUAACAGAGCACUUAUUUUGACUCUAGCAAGAGCAACGCACGUCACAGAUUUUUUCACAGGUUCAGAUUCCAUUCAAGGGACUUGGUGCAAAGAUAUCCUGCAAACUAUCAUGAGCUUUACUCCCCAUAACUGGGCAACCCAUACUUUGAGUUGUUUUCCAGCUCCUCUCCAGGCAUUUUUCAAACAGAACAAUGUGCCUCAAGAGAGUCGAUUUAAUCUAAAAAAAAAUGUGGAAGAGGAAUACCGAAAGUGGAAAUCCAUGUCAAUUGAAAAUGAUAUCAUUACCCAUUUUUCUAUGCAAGGCUCCCCUCCUCUCUUCCUUUGUCUACUCUGGAAAAUGCUCUUAGAAACCGAUCACAUUAACCAGAUUGGUUAUCGAGUACUAGAAAGAAUUGGAGCUAGAGCCCUGGUUGCUCAUGUUAGGACAUUUGCAGAUUUCCUGGUCUAUGAAUUUUCUACCUCAGCUGGGGGCCAGCAGCUCAACAAAUGUAUUGAAAUUCUGAAUGACAUGGUGUGGAAGUACAACAUUGUGACAUUGGAUCGGUUAAUACUGUGUUUGGCCAUGCGCAGCCAUGAAGGCAAUGAAGCCCAAGUGUGCUAUUUCAUUAUUCAAUUGCUCCUACUGAAACCCAAUGACUUCCGAAACAGAGUGAGUGAUUUUGUGAAGGAGAACUCUCCUGAGCAUUGGCUACAGAAUGACUGGCAUACCAAGCAUAUGAGCUAUCACAAGAAAUACCCUGAAAAGCUGUACUUUGAAGGGUUAGCAGAGCAAGUCAAUCCUCCUGUUCAAAUCCAGCCACAGUAUUUACCAAUUUAUUUUGGGAACGUUUGCCUCCGCUUCCUGCCAGUGUUUGACAUUGUGAUUCACAGAUUCCUGGAACUUCUACCAGUAUCCAAAUCCUUGGAGACUCUUCUGGAUCACUUAGGAGGCUUGUACAAAUUUCAUGAUCGGCCAGUGACCUACCUCUACAACACCCUUCACUACUAUGAGGGACAUCUCCGAGAGCGAACCAACCUCAAACGGAAGCUUGUCCAUGCCAUCAUUGGUUCCCUAAAAGACAACCGGCCAUUAGGAUGGUGUUUAAGUGAUACUUAUCUUAAAUGCGCUAUGAAUCCACGAGAAGACAACCCAUGGGUCCCCGAUGAUAUGUAUUACUGCAAACUAAUUGGGAGGCUGGUGGAUACGAUGGCUGGUAAAUCUUCCAGUCCAUUCCCAAACUGUGAUUGGAGGUUCAAUGAAUUUCCUAACCCAGCUGCCCACGCCCUCCAUGUGACCUGUGUGGAACUCAUGGCCUUGGCUGUUCCAGGGAAGGAUGUAGGCAAUGACCUUCUGAAUGUUGUUUUGAAAAGUCAGCCUCUGGUGCCCAGAGAAAAUAUCACUGCCUGGAUGAAUGCAAUUGGGCUGGUUAUCACUGCCUUGCCUGAGCCCUACUGGAUUGUCCUCCACGAACGGAUUGUGAGUGUUAUCAACAGUCCUAGUUUGACUUCAGAGACUGAAUGGGUUGGGUAUCCAUUCCAGCUGUUUGACUUCACGGCUUGUCAUCAGUCUUACUCCGAGAUGUGCUGUAGCUACACAUUAGCUUUGGCACAUGCAGUCUGGCACCAUUCGAGCAUUGGCCAGCUUUCCCUCAUUCCAAAGUUUCUCACUGAAGUGUUGAUUCCAAUAGUUAAGACUGAAUUCCAGCUCCUUUAUGUCUAUCAUCUUGUUGGGCCAUUUCUACAGCGGUUCCAGCAAGAGAGGACAAGAUGCAUGCUAGAGAUUGGAGUAGCUUUUUAUGAAAUGCUUCUGGAAGUGGAUCAAUGCAACAUGCAUCUCAGCUACAUGGAUCCCAUCUGUGAUUUUCUGUACCAUGUGAAGUAUAUGUUUACUGGAGACAGUGUGAAGGACCAAGUUGAGAAAAUCAUUUGCAAUUUAAGGCCAGCUUUGAAACUUCGUCUGCGUUUCAUACACAUCAGCAAAAUGGAGGCAGCUUCUGUUCCUCAGCAGUCGAUCAGCAACAUUUCUCCAGCACCUCAGCCCAGUCAGGUCCCAGUAAAUGUUGCUUUGCCAGUGUCACAAUAGAAUAAAAGAUGGAGCUUUGGGGACUUUUAAUUUUACCCAGGAUGAAGUAAUGCCUGCAGAAUAAUUCCCAUUAUAUUCUUCCUGAUCAUAUAUUUGCUGUUUUUUUCCUUCUCAGAAGAACUCUAAGCAUAGGGAACUCUUAAGGAUUAUGGAAAGAGCAAAUUGUUUCAGUAACAGUUCUACCCAUUUUUGCUUAUUUUUCUUAAUCAGCGUUUAAUUAUUUUUAUCAUCAGUAAAUCAUUUAAAUAUUUUUAAUCCUAUUUAAAAAAUAGGACACUAGUUUUACAGCUACUUUUGGAAAAAGUCAUGACACUCCAAAACAAAAAAAGGCUGUAAUUCUAAAUUUAAUUUGAUAGAGAAUGUAAUCAACCAAAAAUGAAGAAUUAUGAAACGAGUUGUGAUUGUUGGCUCUGCAUUCACCAGCAAUGCUACAGAAAAUAAGACAAUACAAAUAUUAACUCAAACUGUAAGUAAUAUAUUCAGUUCAUUCAGCAGGCUACUGACUUAUGAAUUGUAAUUAUGUUUAAAAUCUGUAUAUUUCUGCAAGUUGUGGGUACUUACUUAAAUUUCCAGUGUUUGUAUUUAGUAAACUUUAUUUUGGCUUUGUAUUUAUAUUUUUGGUUGAAUUUUCUACUUUACUGAGGUCCUAAUAUAGAGGUUCAUUUUGUAAGGAAAGUUAUGAUUUGACAGCUGUUAUUUGUAAAAUAUUGCUGAUGUUGAAUAGAAUUUGGGGGGGGGGGAGGAUUUAAUAAAUACAUUUUACAACUGAUAAGUAUUUUCAUUAGAAUUAUUUAAUAUCAAUGCUGCUUACCUCAGUUUCCCAAAUGCUGCAUUGCAUUUCCCAAAACUAGUAAUUAGUUUGGGGAGGUUAUUUUUUUUUCUAAAAUCUCAUCUUCCAAUGGAACAUAAGGGAAGGAUAUUUUUUUCUCCACAGCACAUUGACAUUUAUCUAAAUGUAUGUAAUAGGAAAAUCCCUCUAAGUUUAUAUUGUAUUUCAUGCUACAUUUUUAGAGUAAAUGCUAAACAGUUGAACGUAAACACCAUCUGUAGUACACUGGAGAAUAACAAAUUUAAUUGUCCACUUAUUUAUCUAUAUUAAAAAUGAAUUGAUUAAGUCCCCAUAUCGGGGGACACAGCAACAGCCAACUUCUGUGUGAAGCUCCAAAACAUGUCUAUUGCUACAGCUGAGCUGGUUGUGGUGUUUACUUUCUUUAAUGCUUUGCCACAAGCUGGGUUGCUCUCCAUUACAUAUCCAGAGCUUAUAGUAACCUUGUGAAAACGAAGGCCAACUUCAUUCUGAUUCUAACAGGGCUAUUCAAACAGCAUUCCGAACGGGUGAAAGUACACCAGACAUAUUUAAUUUGGAUUUCUGCACUGAGAGGGAUUGAAAUUGGUGGCCAAAAUAGCUCCUUCCAACUUGCGAUUCUGAGACAUGAAAUUUGGGGGUCACAAGGAAUGUGGCUUCAGUACUAAUAGAUGGGCUAAGUUAGCGCCACAUUUUAUUCUCUUCAAUAAAAGUUUCUGAACUUUUCUCUCAAGUUAUCUUCAUUUAUUCUUGUGUUUUGUUUAUACAGAUAAAUAAGUGGACAAUUAAGCAAGGCCUCUCUUCCCUCAUCCUGGCCUCUGCCUUGGUCUAGGGAGGAGGCAUUGCUGCAAAGUCGGCCAAUUUUUCUCAUGCUUGGACCAUCCCUGACUGAUUUUCCACAGCUUUCUUUCACUUUAUUGUGCUUUUCCUUGGCUUUCAUCCACCUUUCUGAGAGCUCGCAGCCAGUUUUUGAACACUAUGGAAACAGCCCAUUGUCUCUACUAUUGGCAUUUCAUUUUAAGCUCCAGGAAUCUGUGGCAUUCCUUGGAAAGUUAGCUGAGGGAUCCUUGAUGGAAAGAUUGUGUUGUGAACCCUCAAAGGACCCAGUGGCUCUUUACAUGCUAUUUUACAUAGGAUGAGGUUCUUUACAUCUGGGUCACAUCUUCUGAAUUUAAAGCUGCACCCUAGAGUGUAGGGAGAAAUGCUUGUGUUUAUUCACAUUUCAUUAAUUCAUAAGUAGGUAGUAAAGGUAAAGGGGGCGGCGCUCAUCUCCAUUUCAAAGCCGAAGAGCCACCGCUGUCUGAAGACGUCUCUGUGGUCAUGUGGCCAGCAUGACUAAACACCAAAGGCGCACGGAACCUUCCCAACAAAGGUGGUCCCUAUUUUUCUACUUGCAUAAUUUUUCAAAAUGCUAGGUUGGCAGAAGUUGGGACAAGUAAUAGGAGCUCACUCCGUUAUGUGGCACGAGGGAUUCGAACUGCCAAACUGCCAACCUUUUGAUCGACAAGCUCAGUGUCUUAGCCACUGAGUCACUGCAUCUUCCCAUAAGUAUUAUUAGGGUAUGCCAUUAAAGCCGAAUCAAAAUCUUAGUCCACUGCCUUAAAAAAUUGUCCAGUUUAACUGACUGAAAGAUCCUGAGUGUAGUGUUAAACUCACAGUGCUACACAUCUCUUAUUCCUAUGUAGACAUUUUUGGUUGACAAACCUAUCGUCAUCCAAGAGAAUCCAGGGACACCAGGAUCUCACAAAAUUCUUUUUCAAACCAAGUUGAAUUAAAU